GUGUUUGACCAGCUGGUUAUAACCCAACAAUCAGCUGAUCUCAACAAUCAUAGUCAGUUAACCUCUGAGCUCCUUGAUAGAUUACAACUGUUUUGGUAAUGUAAAACAAAGUGUUUAGGACAAUUUUACCAGUAACUUAUUGUUUGGCUUUUAUUGUUAUUCUGUUGUGAGUUUGUGAAGGAUUUUUCUGCUUAGUAUGGGGCCACCAGAGGAUGUAGGCAUUUUAGCCAUUGAACUUGUAGUUCCAGCCCAAUGCAUCGAACAAUCAGAACUUGAGGUGUUUGAUGGAGUUUCCGCUGGCAAGUACACAGUAGGCCUGGGACAGACGAGGAUGGGAUUUUGUACUGACAGAGAGGAUAUCAACUCUCUUUGUCUGACGGCAGUCGCUCAGCUAGUGGAGAAGAAUAACCUGAGCUACAGAGACAUCGGCCGUCUAGAGGUCGGCACCGAGACAAUCAUAGAUAAAUCUAAGAGUGUGAAAACUGUGCUCAUGCAGCUGUUUAGGGAGAGUGGCAACUAUGACGUCGAAGGUAUUGAUACUACAAAUGCCUGCUACGGAGGGACAGCUGCUCUGUUCAAUGCUGUAGCCUGGGUUGAGUCUCGCAGCUGGGACGGAAGACUGGCUGUUGUUGUUGCGGCAGACAUUGCAGUCUACGCAGCGGGUAACGCUCGGCCCACUGGUGGUGCAGGAGCCGUGGCAAUGCUUGUGGGGCCCAAUGCUAGCCUCGCCUUCGAACCCGGUCUCCGAGCGACGUUCAUGGACCAUGUUUAUGACUUCUUCAAGCCAGACCUUGCCUCUGAAUACCCUACUGUUGAUGGGAAACUCUCCAUACAAUGCUACCUCACCGCUUUAGACCACUGCUACCAGCUCUACUGUCGGAAAGCUAAGAAACUCGCUGGGAUAGAGUCUGAAUCAAACGACUCUGUGGGAGUCAAGGCCCUUGACGCGAUGUUGUUUCACACUCCUUAUUGCAAACUGGUCCAAAAAUCUCUCGCUCGAUUGGUGCUCAACGAUUUUGUCAACACUCCAAAAGAGAAUAUACCCGAUCUUUACCCUGGAUUGGAGAAAUACACUGGGGUCCAAUUGGAAGACACCUAUUUUGACCGUGAAGUCGAAAAAGGGUUCAUGGAAUUUAGUAAGCAGAUGUUUGCAGAAAAGACAAAGCCGUCGUUGUAUGUGGCUAGUCAAGUGGGAAACAUGUACACACCUUCGGUGUAUGGAGGUCUCGUAUCCUACCUCAUUAACAAACCUCCAGCAGAAUUGGUGGGAAAAAGGAUUGGACUGUUUUCAUACGGAUCAGGGCUCGCUUCAUCCAUGUAUUCGUUAAAGAUUCGCAGCGAAGGUUUGAAAAAUGUCUUAGAUAAUUUGAGCCACAUCAAAACAAUGCUGGACAAUAGACGGGUCAUGUCCCCUAAGGACUUUUCGGACACGUUGGCUCUGCGGGAACAGAACGCUCACAAGUCUACAAUGACUCCUACCGGCUCUGUAGACGCACUGUUCCCCGGAACUUUCUAUCUCAAGGCAGUUACGGACUACCGCAGGAGCUAUGAUAGAGUACCAGUAUAACACACACCGGUCGGUGGUUUCCCCACUAUUGCCUUGUUUUUUACUUUUGUAGAAUCAUUAUGGCUGUAAUCUUUAAAAUAGUUUUUUUACACUAAACCAUAUUUCUGAUUAGACACAUCUCAUACAUUAUGUAAAACUCCUUUCAUCAGUUUAUAAUUAGUUAAGUGGUUUUCUUAUAAUAAUCACUAAUUCAUCAACAUGUAUUAUUGAAUCGUGUUUGUAAUGCUUGAAAUACUCUGAUGUAUUAUCAAUAUUUUUACAGUACAAAAGUUUAUAAAAACUUAGCCCUAACCAGCAGAAUUGAGAAAAUGUUUUGACAACAUUGUAAAAUGAUAGGCUGAUUUUUAAAUUUAUUAAUCUUAAUUAUCCAUAUGGCUGCCUAGUAAGAGAGAAUGCCACUGUUAAUCAAACAUAAAAUGUUUACUAUAUUAUAGUCAGGUUAUAAUUACAGAAUAUUAAAAGCUAAUUUACAACAUAAAAAAUAAACCAUCAGCAUGACACAACCCUGGGACCACCAUCAAACUAUCAACUUACUUAACAAUCCCGUGAUCAACUAUUGAGAGAUGCACUGAAUACUUAUCUUGAGGUUGUUCAAGAAUCAAUGGAAUUGAGAACUGGUUUAUAAAAUUGACCCGUCUUUUAAAAAUAGGCUGUGCUGCAAAUUUUCAAAACCGCUCAUUGUAAAAUCAACCUUGUUAGUCUAGGAAUCCUUAAUUUGACCAACAAGUUUUUUAACUGUAAUGAUAGGAUAAUAGUUAUCAAUCCCGUUUUAUGAAAAGUUGAACAUAGUAUUUACUAUUUAGCAUUAUAAUAAUCGACAAUAAAGUUUAGAAAUACCAUGGAAUGUAUACGUACAUUAGUCAAAACAGGAUUAGCAAAAGUAUUUCAAAUUAUAUUAAUCUUCCUCGAAGAAAAUAUAUGGUCUACUUAAAUUUAGGUACUGACUUCUUUGUUAAUUUAUAGAUUGAAAUGUUUAGUUCGCAAAUUUAAUUAUUGUUAAUUAUCUUGUUUAUUAUAGUUUUUUUUUCAAUAUAUAUUUAUCUCUAUGUUAUUUAUUGGGGUUGUAUCUUACUUUAGACUACCAGAUUGUUUUAUUUUCUACGUAAACAUUUUUAAAAGCAAACUCUUUACAUAUACAUCCAAAUGAUUUUUAAGUUAAAAAUUUGACUGUGCCUUUUGUGUGUUUUUGUUAUGUAACUUAAAUGAACCUAAACUGUGUUUAUCAUAUUGUGUGCUGAUAUAUUUUUAAAAUGUAGGUUAAGAAUUUAAUUAAUCUUUGCUUUUGAUUGUGAUUGAGUAAAGAUAAACUAAAUUAUAGAACAUUUAUAAGUAACACAUAAGAUAAUAGUAGAUAUAUUAAAUUUCAUAACUAGGGUAGAGUGACACUUUUCGACACAAGCUCAAUUUUAACAAUAGAGGCGAAGCUGAGGUUGGAAAAUGAGCGAGGGUUGCAAAGGCACUUUUUUCCCUUGUGAUGAACGAUAUUCUUUGUCAUACUGCACUAUUAUUUGACCAAAAUAAGUUACAAAACAAAAAAUACUUGUGAAGCUCCCAAAAUAACUUUUACGCCACACUACACAGUUUUAAUGAACUUCCCACGCAAGGAUUUAGUCCAGAAAACAGCUGUUUUCCGCCAGCUUUAUCAAAUGUGGUUUCAUUACGUACUACCAUUGUACUACUGUACUGUAAUGAGUUUUACAGGACACCAACCAGCUGAUUAUAUUUGGCAAUGUGUGGUUAUAAACAAAAACAUAAUCUCUCUUAGAGGUUUUGAGUAGUGAUUGUUAGUCCUUUAGUCGGUGGGAAUAUAUAAGGAUUAGUACAGAUUUGUUAGUGUUAAGUUAGUUUAAGAGUAAUAUGGUUGUAAAAUAUCGUACAUCACUCGUCCCAAGGACCCGUUAAAUAAUACCGCACUCGACUUUGUCUCGCACAGGAACGACUACACUCGUCCGGUAAACACCUAUUUUCUAGACUAGUAAUGUAAUAUACCAUUUAAAAUAUCUUGGGCUUUCAGUCCAAACUGGUUCCUUUUUUAGAUUCAAUGUAAACAAAUUUUAAUCCACUUGUAAACAAACAAUACUUUUGAUACAACGGAUUGCUUACAGUCAACAAGUGAGCAUGUAGCCGAAAUGCAUGUACCAAAAACAGCUGUUUUCAGUGCAGUAUGACAAAAAAUAGUACUUGGAAUAUCAUAUUAAUUUUUAAAAUUAAAAUCAUAAUAUAAUUACUAUGAUGUGUAAUUUUUUAAGUGAUUAAAUCGCAUGACAGUAUUUGUUUUCCAAAGAACUUUGGUAUGGAAUUAUUCAAGUUGUUUCUUAACUAGUAUAAUGAACUUUUUUGUCUAAACAACCAAAGCUAUUGUUAUUUAGUUUGUAAGUCCUUCACAUUAUUAUUUUGUUAAUGUAUUCUUAUUUUGUAACUCUUUGUCAGAUAAUCAACAUUAUUGGAUUUGAAAUAGAAAUUAAAUAUUUUGCCGUUAGAAAAUAGUUGUUUCAAACAGUUUAUCAAUAUAAAUCGUGUAACUGUUAAGUUUCACCCAAAUGAGUGAAGAGGCAGAUGUACUUUUUUAAGUUCUGCAACAAAGUUACAGGAUCUAUAAUGUAGUUUUGCUUAUAGUCAUCCAAUUGUGUAAACCUCGCUUUUAACAUUUAAGAACAAAAUAAAAUUUAAUUAACUGGUUAAAUUGCAAUAUGUAAUGUGGGUACUUUGGAUUAUAGUACAUUUUAUGAAAAUGUUGGUUUGACAACGAUAAACUGUUAUCACACAAUAUACAUAUUAUUCCUAAACAAUUACUUUUUCAACAUAAAAUAAUCACAACUGUGUAAUAUUUACCCUGGUACCAAAAUUAAAUCACUUUUGUACAGUGAAUGUUUAAAAUGUUGACUGCAUGAAUUUAAAAUAAUGUUAAAUUUUAGGGUGAUGGAAAAAUGUAAUAAUGGAAUGGCCGAUUAACUUUAGAUUAAGUUUUGUAUUGUUAGUUAAUGUAAGGUUACAAUCUCUUUACAUGAAAUAUAUAAUCUUUUUU